AUGGAGGAGGGGAUGGAGGAGGUGAUGGAGGAGGUGAUGGAGGAGGUGAUGGAGGAGGGGAUGGAGGAGGUGAUGGAGGAGGGGAUGGAGGAGGUGAUGGAGGAGGUGAUGGAGGAGGUGAUGGAGGAGGUGAUGGAGGAGGGGAUGGAGGAGGUGAUGGAGGAGGUGAUGGAGGAGGCGAUGGAGGAGGGGAUGGAGGAGGUGAUGGAGGAGGUGAUGGAGGAGGGGAUGGAGGAGGUGAUGAGGAGGUGA